CUGAGCAAGGAAAAAAGAAGGAGAAAAGGGGAUGAUAAGAUACCGAGGAUUUCCGAGAGCCGAUCGCUUGGGGCUGAACGAGGGAAUUUGAUAUGGAAGGUGCUCUUGGCUGGCUGAAAGACAGUGUGUGUGAGCCACUUUCCCUUACAGUAUCCAGUACUAGGGGAUCUCGGAGUAGCCGACGGAAUGUCCUACUAUCCCCCUUACUCGGGAGCUCCCGGCUAUCCCCCGCAGCAACAAUAUCAAUAUUCGCAGCCCAACUACGGCGCCCCUCCUCAGCCUAUGUACCAUCAACAGUCGUCCUACGGCGGCGGUUAUCCCGGCCAGGCCUAUCGUCAGCAACAACCUAGCAACCCAUAUGGAUAUGGCCAACCAUCUCCUCAGCCAUACGGCUCGCAUCACAAUGGUUACAACAACCCGCAGCAGAACUACGGCCCUCCCAGCGGAGGCCAUACGUAUCAACAACAACCUGCCUACCAGAACUCCUACAAUCAAGGCAGCCAUGGUACCCCGGCCCGUCCGCCCAACCAACCAGUCUCCUUCGGUCAAGGCGCUCCCCAAGAAUACGCCUACCGAUACUCAGAUUGCUCCGGCACGAGAAAGGCUUUGCUGAUUGGUAUCAAUUACUUCAACCAGAAGGGUCAGCUGCGCGGAUGUAUCAAUGAUGUCAAGAACAUGUCGACGUACUUGAACAAGAACUUUAACUACCCUCUUGAAAAUAUGGUGCUUCUGACGGACGACCAACAAAACCCAAAGAGUCAGCCAACCAAGGCCAAUAUUUUGCGGGCCAUGCAUUGGCUAGUCAAAGACGCUAAGCCCAACGAUUCCCUCUUUUUCCAUUAUUCUGGCCAUGGUGGUCAGACACCCGAUCUGGAUGGCGAUGAAGACGAUGGAUACGACGAAGUCAUUUACCCCGUUGAUUUCCGGCAAGCGGGCCAUAUUGUCGACGAUGAGAUGCACCGGAUAAUGGUCAACCCCUUGCAGCCGGGUGUCAGAUUGACAGCCAUCUUCGACUCGUGCCACUCGGGCUCCGCGUUGGAUUUACCGUAUAUCUACUCGACAUCAGGUGUCCUCAAGGAGCCCAACCUGGCCAAGGAAGCAGGACAGGGUCUGCUGGGAGUGGUGUCGGCGUACGCACGGGGCGAUAUGGGCAGCAUGGUCUCGACAGCAGUCGGUUUCCUCAAGAAGGCAGCCAAGGGCGACGAGGUGUACGAGCGCAACAAGCAGACCAAGACGAGCGGGGCAGACGUCAUCAUGUGGUCCGGCAGCAAGGACGAUCAGACCAGUUCCGAUGCCCAGAUUCAGGGACAAGCAACCGGUGCGAUGUCAUGGGCAUUCAUCACCGCCCUCCGCAAGAACCCUCAACAGAGCUAUGUGCAGCUGCUAAACAGCAUUCGGGACGAACUGUCGACCAAGUAUACACAGAAGCCGCAGCUCAGCAGCAGUCACCCAGUGGGCACGGACUUGGCAUCGGGAUAGUAUUGACAUUUUACGCGGAAAUGCUUUUCUCUUUCAACUUUCUGUUCCUGCUCAAUUUUCAAAACUUUCAUUGCUUUCUUCCCGAGUGCCUUGCUUGUUUCCUAUAAUUUUCUUGACAACAUUCAUUUGCAUGGAGUCGGACAGGACACGGGCUUAGUUGGGUCGCAUAUCUUACAUGCUUCUAAUUCAUUCAUACGAAACAAAUCUGCAUUUGAAAAUCAUAUACAGUGACGCUCGACUAAGUUAAAUCUAAACCAUUGCAGCACCCCAACAACCUUAAUAUAACUUGGCCUUGUUCGGGCAGAUGAGAUGCCGCUAGCGUCAUGUGUGUUUUUAUUAGUGUCCUCGUUACGUCGUUCCGGCUUUGCCUCGUCCUGUUUACUACUAGAAAUUGAUCUUCUAAAGUCAGGCUACAAAGUGGAUGCAAUGCCCUGAUGAUUUAAAAGAGAAAAAUCUCAGCAGGGCCUGAUUUCCUUCAGAACAAAUACACAGAGUCCCACGACGUGGCAUGCUAUCAGGCAGUAUCAACGCUCAAGUU